GAAAGGGCGAGAGCUAUAGCUGAUCGUGUCAAAAAUCAUAAAGGUGAAAGAAAGCGUUUUCUAGAUUUGCAAGAUACCUACCAGUAUAAUCAGGAACGAAAGCGGCUUCGGAUUGGCAGCUCAUUAAAUGUGGAGCGUGCUGUUAAUAAAAUGAUAAAGAAAUCAAUCAACGAAACGAUUUUGAUUCACAAGAAAAAUCUUGAUUGUAAACAACCGGGUGUUGAAUCUGAAGAUUAUGAUCAAGAUAGUAAAGAUGGUAAAGAUGACGAAGAACUACGGUCAAAUAUAUUCAUUAGGCCCUUGUAA